AUGCCCAAUUAUGUCAAUUUCAUGAAGGACAUUCUUUCCAAUAAGGAGAGACUUAGUGAGUAUAAGACUAUCGUCUUAACAAAAGAGUAUAGUGUAUUCCUACAGAAUAAGCUACCUUCCAAAUUGAAGGACCCUGGAAGUUUUACCAUGCCUAGUAAUAUUGGAGAAUCUUACUGUGGUAAAGCUUUGUGCGACUUAGGAGCAACCAUCAACUUGAUGCCCAAAUAUAUUUUCAAGCUGUUGGGAAUAGGUGAAGUGAGACCCACAACUAUGACACUCGAAUUGGCGAAUCGAUCCUUAGCAUACCUCGAAGGAAAGAUUGAAGAUCUUUUUGUAAGAGUAGAUAAGUUUACUUUUCCUGCUGACUUUAUUGUGUUAGAUUGUAAAGCAGAUAAGGAAGUGCCAAUCAUCCUAGGACGACCUUUCCUAGCCACAGGAAGAACAUUAAUAGAUAUGCAAAAAGGUGAACUCACCUUCAAGACGAUCAUGUAA